AUGCAAGGAUUGAAUCGAGUUGCUGACCAGCUUGUAGGCCCCCGUGUCUUCUUUGACAUUAAAAUCGGUGACAGCACACCUAGCCGGGUGGCAUUUGAGCUGUUCAGCGAUGUUGUCCCCAAGACCGCGGACAACUUCCGAGCUUUGUGUACCGGCGAGAAGGGCAUUGGCACCCAGGGCAAGGAAUUGACCUACAAAGGCACGUCUACAAUACCCCGCUCCCAUAGCGGUGGUGACUUUACUGCGUUCAACGGCACUGGCGGCGAGUCCAUUUACGGCGAAAAGUUCCCUGAUGAGAACUUCGACCUCAAGCAUGACCGUCCCUUCCUACUCUCUAUGGCCAACUCCGGCCCCGGCACCAACGGCAGUCAAUUCUUCGUCACCACCGUGCCUACUCCCCACCUUGACGGCAAGCACGUCGUGUUUGGUGAGGUUAUCAACGGCAAGAGUGUGAUCCGAAAGAUCGAGAACCUGAAGACUCAAUCCGACAAGCCCUUCCAGGACGUGACUAUCGUGGACUGUGGCGAGUUUUCUGGCCAGGAUUACGAGAACGCGACCAAGCGCCAACAGGAUGCGACAGGCGACCCAUACGAGGACUUCACCGAGGACCACCAGGGCGAGGAGCUUACCGCGCCUCUCUGCUUCAAGAUCGCUUCCGACCUCAAGGGUUUCGGCAACGCUGCUUUCAAGAGCGGUGAUCUCAACCUGGGUCUCGACAAGUACCAGAAGGGUCUGCGCUAUUUGAACGAGUUCCCCGACCCCGGAGAGAACGACCCGAAGGAGCUGGGAGAGCAGAUGAAGGCACUCCGAUUCACCUUGCACUCCAACUCUUCCCUGCUCGCCAACAAGCUGCAGAAGUACAGCCAGGCUCAGAACUGGGCGACAUAUGCGCUUCAAGUCGCUGAUUCGGCCAACGCCAAAGAUGCCGAUAAGGCCAAGGCCUACUAUCGCCGUGCUGUUGCUCACGAGGGUCUGAAGGAAGAGGAUGAGGCGCUGAAGGAUCUUCAGGAGGCGGAGAAGCUGGCUCCUGGCGAUGCUGGUAUCAUCAACGAGAUUGCUAAGGUUAAGAAGACCGUCAAGGACCGGGAGGCCAAGGACAAGGCCGCUGCCAAGAAGUUCUUCUCUUGA